UUCUGGUCCAUCUCUCUCUGCCAAACUCCUGCAACUUUCAAACUACCCAUGAAAAUGGCUUCCUUUUUUUCUCUCUCCUCUUCUCACCUCAGUCAUUUCUCUUCCUUCUUGUAGUCCAUGCUCCCACUGUAACAACACCAUGAAACAGAGUCGAGGGCACAUGUUUUUAACUCUCUCUUGAACCCGUUAUGGUAAGCAUCACAAAGCUUUGUUUAAUAUUGUAGACCCUAUCAAGUUCUUCCCUUUUGUGCUCAAGAUUGGGUUUUUGGUUUGAAGUUUGAUGCCCAUUUGGUGUUCUUGAUGAUUCUCUUCGUUAACUCAGUCAAAGUCAUAACUUGGUGUCUCGUGGUGAUUCGAAGGUGGGAUUUCAGCUGUCUUGACUUGGUUUCUGAUCUGUUUUCAGAUCUUCAACGGCUUGAUGUCUCUGAGUUCUGGUCAGUUUUCUCUGCUAACCCCUUAUUGCGUGGAAGAAUUAUCUGAGUCAGAGCUUGAGAAUUUCGUGGUAGCUUCUCGGGUUUAACAAACUAGAUGAAGUGCCGCUCAGGGUGGUGGUAGUUGAGCAUGUAUGAAGAUCUUCGAUCGUUUCUAGGGUGUUGAUAUCUGGGGCAACCGGUUAGCUAGGUUUGGUAACUUUUAUAGUUUUCUUCUGUUUAACUCAUUUGGGGCUUUAUGGUUGUGCAAGUAGGGCUUUUGGUAUAUGGUAGAUGCUAAAAGUUUGGAUUUUGUGGAUUUUUCUCAGUUUUGUAUGAUUUUGUUCAUGUUUUUCCACUGAGGGUAGAGAAGUCAUUGAUAUGUAUAGGGUUCAUCAUCAAUCAAGGGCAACAAUCUAUGGAAAAUUUGAGCCUUUGUGGGAAAGAUUGUAUGUUCUUAUUACUUGUUAGGAAACUUAUUUGGUGAGAGUUUGAAUCUCUUGCCAAUUGCCAUAUCUUAUGGGAUCUUUAGCUAAGUAAUUAACAUUGCUAGUAGGCUCUUGGUGCUUUCAUCAAAAUGCCUGGAAAUGAUCACUGUUUCGUGGAGUGGGAUGAGCAAUUUGUGUCUCAGGAGCGUGGGAACCGUGUGGUUCACUAUUAUUUGAAGGAUUCAAAUGGAGAAUCUAUCCUUGCAAUUGUGGGUACUGAGAGGAGUGUUAGGCAUAUGUUUUAUGUUGUUGCUGAGGAAUUUGUUCGAGUUUAUGGUGCUCAAAAUUCCAUCCAUGCCGGUUUCAAGUGGAGAUCGAGAAGGGAAGUUGUGGAUUGGCUUACAUCUAUGCUAUCAAAGCAGCACCUGCAGGCAGAUCUUUCCAAAUCGCUGGAUGACAUGGCUCUAGAAUAUCCAGAAAGUGCAAUGAAUGUGGUUAAUAGUCAACAGACACGGCAGAUCCAUCUGUCAAGGAAUUCUUUUGCACACAAUUCUGACAUUGUGUGGUCAGGCAUCGCAUGGAGAUGUGGGAAGAAACUCAGGCAUUAUUCGGCAUUUUGCAGGAAUGGGAUUACAAUAAGGGUUUCAUCCUUCGUCUUUGUCAUGGCUAAGGGAGAGAAUCACUACAUUGCUUAUUUGGAAGAUAUGUAUGAAGACAAGAGGGGACAGAGAAAGGUCAAAGUAAGGUGGUUUCACCAUAAUCAGGAAGUCAAGGGUGUAGUUCCUCUACGAAAUCAUCACCCAAAAGAAGUAUUCAUAACACCGCAUGCGCAGGUCAUUAGUGCAGAGUGUAUAGAUGGUCCUGCUGUAGUCUUAACCCGUGAACAUUAUGAUAAAUGCCUGGCUGUUUUUCCUGAAUCUUACCUGGCCAAAGUAUACCUAUGCUCUAGACGGUUCAGAAACAAUAGGGUGAAGCCUUUUGAUGUAAGUGAAUUGCGUGGCUAUUUUGAACAACCAAUUUUGUCAUGUUUGAAUUCAAACACCUUCCGGGAGCCUGACUCCAUAUCCCAUAGCCUAACUGAUGAAGAAGAUGAAGGGUUAAGCUCAGAAGAGAAAAUAAAGCUGGGAGCUAAGAGGACUAGAAUUAAUAGAGGGUGGCAAACAUUUAGGCAAGAGCGACCAGGAGUCAAACUUUCUGGCAGACAGUGUGAGAUGAUGAAUCUUGAACCCAAAUGGAAGGACGUAAAAUAUGGAGACAAGACACUACUUUCCCUCAAGCAUGUUGAGUAUCAGCCGUGGUAUAACCCAGUUUUUAAGGCUGAUGACAAGAUAGAAUUGUUGUGCCAGGAUAGUGGCAUCCGUGGCUGCUGGUUCAGGUGUACCGUCUUGCAUGUAUCCCCUAAACAGAUAAAAGUUCGAUAUGAUGAUGUGCAAGAUGAAGAUGGUCAUGGCAAUCUUGAGGAAUGGAUCCCCACUUUCAAAGUUGCCAUGCCUGAUAAACUUGGCAUGAGGUGCACAUGCCGCCCAACGGUCCGACCAACUCCUCCUAAUGAACAAGUGGACCUUGCAAUUAAAAUUGGGGUUGCAGUUGAUGCAUGGUGGAGCGAUGGCUGGUGGGAAGGGGUUGUAACCGGAGUUGACAAAUCUGUUGAUAACAAUCUGCGAGUUUAUUUUCCUGGCGAGAACUCAUUUUUGAACAUACACAAAAAGGAUCUAAGAUUUUCCAGAGAUUGGGUUGGUGAUCGGUGGAUUGAUAUUGAGGAAAAGCCUGACAUACUCUCACAUAUAGAUGCUGCCAACCCUGAAAUUAAAAAUUCCAUGUCCUCAUCUAUAGCUAAGGACAUCACCUCUACUGAAGUUUUUACUGAUAGUAAACUUGAAAUUGUUGAAGAACAAAAGCCUCAUUUAGCUGCAUCAGCCAGCUCCAGUAGCCUUCCGGAAGACAUCGAGGAGAAUAAGAAGCCUUCAUCAUUAGAAGGUGAAAUCAUGGAGGAUGACGGUGAUGAUGUCAAUGCCACUCAUGUCAAUAUGGAUGAUGUCAAAGGUAAUAAUGAAGGUGAUGCCAGUGGUGAUAAUAACAAUGACAAGGCAGAGAUGGGUUUACUUGAAACUUCUGACCAGAGUUGUAAAGCUGUAGAACUAAUGGAAAUUACCGCGUAUGUUGAUUAAUUAAUGCUUGAGGUGUUUAGGUUUUGUAAAUAGUCAUAUGGAUGUUACUUGUAGGGAAGCCAUUGCGGUUUAGCUUGACGUGUGGGGUUUGUAGGUUGUACAGUCUUGAAGUUGGAUUCUUGAGGUUUCGGUUUGACUGUAAGAGAACCUCCAUUUAGUUCCCUUCAAUAUAAGCCCUUCCGAAUGAUCGGUUAUAAUGAUA